AGAGACUGUGGGGAAGACAGAGCAAGAGCUGGAAACAAACCUCAGUGAAGAAUGAAGGCUUUAGUAUGUAUCCUGCUGCUGCUGGAAACCCUUGUGUUUGUGGUACAGCAGGUAGAUGGAGGACUCAAUGAGAAUAAGGACAGUCAACAGAUCAGCUCUGAGGACGGAAGACAGAAUCCACCUCAAACAGACACUUUGAGAGCCGAAGCUUCAACUGACAGCCAACAAAACUCUCACCCGUGCUUCUCUGACAUCCAUGCAGCACUGAGAGAACUGACCGCCACCGUUACAGAGCAGAAAAUGAUCAACAGAGAACUGACUGCAACGGUUACAGAGCAGAAAGAAAACAUCAGAGAACUGAUCGCCACUGUUGCAGAGCAGAAAACAAUCAACAGAGCUUUAGAGACGCGACUGAUGGAUGCUGAGAAAGCCGCAGAACAACAUACGUUGCUCCUGGAAGAGCUGAACAAGAAAAAUUAUGACAGAGAGAUUGCUUUCUCAACUUCACUGCUGCAAUCUGGCCAUGGAGACGUCGGUCCUUUUACCAGUGAUAUCACACUAAUCUACAGGAACGUCUUCACAAACACAGGGAACGCCUACAACCCAAUAACAGGUAUUUUCACAGCCCCAGUGAAAGGAGUGUACGUGUUCACAUUCUCUGUCUAUGCUCAUGGUCAAUCAAAUGCAGCAAGUGCCUACCUUAUGAAGAAUGGACAGCAUGCGAUUGUAGCGUUUGCUCAGCAGAAUCAGGGUGCGUUAAACUCCUCAAAAGGAGUUGUGUUGGUCCUGGAGGUUGGAGAUGUCGUCUAUGUGAGACUUCGGCCUAACGGCAAGAUUCAGGAUAACGGGAAUAAUCACAACACUUUCAGUGGUUACAUACUGUUUCCCUUAAAAUAACAGGAGCUGUGAUUCCAGUCAUUCAGAACCUUUAGAGUAUGAUUUAAGAUGAAAAUCAUGAAGAAUCAUUAA